GUUCGUUAUUGGAGUUAGCGUGACGAGGUGCGUUUCAAGCUUGUGUCAUCCCAGUGACAACAUACGAAACAUAUAAAGGUUUGAACUAGAGUAGUGGCAUAAUGAGAAGUGCGUCGAAGCACCGGCAACUGACACGGUGGAUUCUUCCGGCCCUCACCGUAUCACUCCACCUUUCGUGGUCCGUAUUGGUCACCGUCGAAGGUCGGGCCAACCUCGUUACACCGGCGGCAGCUCCGGCAGGGUUUGCCCCACAAGGCGCCUUUCUUCCCGCCAGCAAUGCCCCUGUCGUGCACCCAUUUCUUCUCCGACCUGGAGCAGGUGCUGCGCAAUUUGUGACGCCGCCAAAUAAUCUCCAGCUUGGUGGAACUGGAUUGGUCAAUGCGGCUGCACCCGCGCAACUGCAAGUGCAACCACAACAGCUGCAGCUACCGAACAUCACAGCCAGCAUCGCCGCCCUGGCCACCGCCCACCAGGCUGCUUCCGGAACAACCGCCGCAACUGGUGCGAGCAAUUUGGCUGCGCAGACCAAUCGAAUUUCCCAAAUCUGCCAAGCUUUGCAAACCGGCGUGAAGAACGGGCAGGCACUGCCGAUGAUUCUGGGCGUGGCGCUCUCUUACUACCUCGGAAGCGGCGGGGAUUACGAAACACUACUGCAAAAAGCGCAGGAGUACGCGCCAUACAUUUCUGCGGCGUUGACGCUGUGGGGCGUCUAUGUUGCAAGUACGGCGAACACGCCGAAAGACACCGCCAUGGAGAAACAGUUCGCGGAGCUGCAGGCUUCCGUGGAAAAACUGAAGCUUCUGCGCUACCAAAUCCAGCAGUGGCAGACGUACGCCGACCAGUGGCAGAAACUCCCCGUAGCUGGUGCUGCAGGAGGGACGGGUGGCAUUAAUAUUGGAGCUGCUCCCGGAACAAGUGCGGCGGGCGGGUUUGCUUUGCAAUUCCCCGGGCAGCAAGGAGCUGUUGCGCCGGCGCUUCCCGUGGGAGGACACCAGCAACUGCAGCAGCCAGCUGCACAGGGAGCCCAGCCUUUCAUUCCACCGGCGGCGCGGCUACCUGUUGCAGCCGAUGAUCCCCCUAACGCCCAAGCAGGCCCAAGCCAGGGUCAAGAUCUGCCGGCGCCCCAGCCCACGGGUGCUGAGCGAAAAGAAGACGCAGCGGUUUCUGUUGGUCCCCCGGAGUUGCAAAAUACGUUUACCUCCACGGCAAGCAGUCAUGAUCAAUGGAGUGCUUCCAACCGCUUGGACAUCGAGCGUAUCCGGAUGCAGCUGGCUUCCGGCCAACUGAAGCUGGAAGACCUCGUGGCGUCAGACCCGAUGCAGCAACCAACUGCCACGUUGCCACAGGUUGUGGCUCCUGGAGCUCCGAUCACAACAGGUGCAACGCUGGCACCACCGGGCGCUGGACCCUCAGUAAUGCCAUCCUUCUUGAACAGACCUGGUAUGAUACCAGGUGGGCAAGCUACGGCUGGCGGGAUGCAGCCUCUUCGCCCUAUCUCGUCUCCUCCGCAACCGCACUUUGCCGUGCAGACUCGAGAGAUCAGGAUCGGAGCGUUAGAUGCCGGUGAGGAUGAACAGGAAGGUAAGAUUUAUUGUAUGAGAUCGGUGCUUCUGCUUUCGAAUCACGAACGCAACAAAUAACCCUGGUACCGCCCUGGGGUACCUCUACUGUGAGUAGUUGACGUAGAUAUCUGUUGAAUGGCUUGCCUAUCUAUUUCUCUACCAAAGGUGAUUCCGCACCCACCGUGAUCCAGUACGCAGCCGAUGCGAGGACCGCCCCUGCUGCGAUCCCCGCAGCAGCCACCGCCGGAACUACUCCUGAAAAUGCCCUGGUCCACCCAAACGCGAUGGACGCGCUUGCCACGCACACCGCCAGUACCCCGCUGCUCCGCAAAAUGAAAGCGAACUGUUCGACCUGUGCGAAAGACAAGACCCGCACACUGCUGAAGCAGCAGCAGGAGCUAGUGCGUUCGUUGCUGGAGGCGCACGACGCGUUGGCUAAAUCUGCCGCGGACAAGUAUAAUCUGUAUCUGUCGCUGCUUGAAGAAGACAAAAGCCGUGUCCGGCAAGAGUUGCUCAGUGCGGCAUUGUUGGAGGAUCCGAACUCUCCGUCCGCACGAGGAUCAACAGCCGCUCCGGUUGUACAAGCCCGCGCUCGCAGCCGGCCGAUGUCGUGUGGGGCGUCCGUUUGUAACCGGAUGAUCUGUCCCAGAAGGCGCGCCAGAUACCACGAACCGGGCGCGCAAGCAGGCGCAGACGGAGAAGCUCCUGCGCACGACGUCGAGGACAUUGAAAAUGCUGAAGGCACUGCGGAUGAAGAUUCAAGCGAUGACUCCGAAUCCGUCGCAGCGCUAUCGGAUGAAGAGAUCAAAACCCAGCUGGUAAUGAACGUGCUGGAGGCCGGAGACGAGGGAGCGCUUUCCCUGACGUCCGCAGAACAAAAAGUGAAACUGCACCAGAAGCGGAAGAGCAAUCGCUGCAUACGCGGAGCGAACCAGGUGGCCGCGUUUUUCCGAAAGGUCUUGUGCUGUGGCUGCGAAUGCUUCACGAAGUGGUGCACCUGUUUCCGAAUAGUGCCUCCAAAGUCCGCAGCAGAGCUCAGCCAGCGCUUGUACGAGGGAGCGGACGACAGUCGGCUGUGGCUCGGCCAGCACAGCGCCCUCACUGCUAUAGCCCAUCACCGCGUCAAUUUGGCACUGCAUCAGCUACAGGCCGCGGAAAAAGAACUGGCUGACGGAUAGAGGAAUCUAGAUUUUGGAUGUAAAAAAUUGAUUUUGCACUAGUUAAGCUUUUUUAGAACAAACGGUAGGCGCGUGGAGCCAUGUUUUUCCGAGAAUAGAGUCUGUGGGUACCUAGGUAGUGUACCGCUUUUGUUACUUGAGGUAAUCUUAGUACUUAGAAGUUUCCGAUAGAAAGAACCCCGAAAAUACAGUUUGCUGAUGUACUCAAUUUUCUGAACAAACCCGAGCGCCAUUUUUGGUUUUAUAAAGAACAAGAAGAAGAAUUACAGACACCGAUAGCCCAUUCGGAGACGAUGACGACGAUUGAAC